ACGCCUAGCACGGCCGCGGAGGCAAACAAUUUCGCUCUUUUAACUCGCAUGAAUCCACCUGCGCAUCCGAACCGCAGAUAUCCAAAUCCGUUCUUAUUGCUUUCGAUCCCCUUCCUUUCCUUUGCUGCAUUUGCUGCUGUUGUCAAGUACAGGGAGUCGACCAACCCCGCGUCUAAGAGGCCAAGACAGCAUCCUAACCCCCUUAUUCCACCAGUCCAGAAAGAACAGUAGAUCAUAAUGCCUAUUUUAAACAAGAUCGCAGACGCCCUUCAUUCCCACGGGCCAAGGAAAGUGGUGACAUCCCUAAACUACCUCAUCCGGCGACGUUUGACCAUACAAAAGUUAUGGUGGUUUAUGUUCUUGGUGGGCCAGGGGCAGG